AUGCCAGAGCUGAUCUACGCUUCCUCAUUUCAGAAAGGCUCUUUUAAACUUUUGGAACUUGGCAAUGAAACGGUAGCAGCUUCACUUGAACAAUGUGGCAAACUUGUCAUUAAAGGACAACGGGAGGACGAGGCUGUGCUAUGCACCGACAACCAGACAUAUAGCUUACACGAAGCGCCCACAUCAAACUCUCUUUUAUUGGCAACACCACAAGAUGAUGACACGAUGAAUGUGGUGGAUGACUUGUCCUAUAUCAUCGAGAUCAAGCCUUGUCUUCCACGAUUGGAACGUAUCACUACUUUGCUUCAAUCAACCAUGUACGCUGGUCCAGCUGCCGAGUCAAGUAUCCAAGGCAAGCGCCUCUAUACCUAUCAAGAUAUGCUGUCUUUGGUGCAAGCCAGUGAGCAAGAGUUGAAGGAAGGAUUGAAAUCAAAGCAUGCAUUUGAAUUGGAUGGUUAUUAUCGCAUCCUUGAUCCAGCUUUCAUGUACAAUCUACUUGACACGCUUGCCAACAAUGCAACAUUGUACGACAUUGAUUUACAAGCGAUUCCUUUGGAUGGGGCCAAGACAUGUAUUCGGCAAUACCCUGAGGAGGGUGACAAGAUCCCUGAUGCUGUUGUUAUUGCGUGUUUGGAUGCAUUUGGUGUAUGGCGUGAGGAUGGUGUCACUGUGGCACUGGAUGAGUACAAGGUGUGUCGCUUUAUCGGUGAAUAUUUGCUAUCGAGCGAACGAGGAAAGGAAUGGCCCUUGGAGGAAUACGUGAAUCUUUGGCGUAAUUUGGUGCGUAAGCGUGUGCAAGAUAUCUUUUCACCGGAUCUAUCUAUGCUACGAGGAUUGUAUACGAUGCGUGAAAGGACUCAGCUGCAGUUUAUGCAACCACAGCAAUAUCUCAGCUACUUCCCUGUAUCCGAACUGCCAAAUGACCCCUUGCAGCGAUUUGCCCGCUUGUUUGCAGAAAAGAAGCAAUGGACACCUGAUGAGAUUUUACCCUACAUUGAGGAUUUAGCCCCCGACCAGAAAAAGAAGGACGCUCUCUUACUAAAGUACACUCGUACGCAAAAAAGCAAUGGUCAACUCUUUUACGGUACUCGCAUCAAAUAG